AUGGGGUGCGUGGUGUCUCAGCUAGCUGCGAAAUUCGCCUUUUUUCCACCGUCUCCACCAACGUACCAGCUCAAGAAGAGGGACGACGGCAAGCUCACGGUGGUGUCCACGGCGUCGCCGGCGGUUCCCAUUCCUCACGCCGAUGAUAGCUCCUUGGACGUUUUACUUGUUGACACCAAACAUGGGAACAAGAUUGUGGCCUUUUAUCUAAGGAACCCUUAUGCACGCCUCACACUGCUUUAUUCUCAUGGCAAUGCUGCUGACUUGGGUCAACUCUAUGAUCUCUUCGUGCAACUCAAGGUCAAUCUUAGAGUUAAUCUCAUGGGAUAUGACUACUCUGGAUAUGGGGCAUCUACUGGCAAGCCUAGUGAAUCCAGCACAUAUGCUGACAUAGAGGCAAUAUAUGAAUGCCUUGAAACUGAGUAUGGAGUUAGCCAAGAAGAUGUAAUCUUGUAUGGGCAAUCAGUUGGGAGUGGACCAACACUGCAUUUGGCAGCUAAAUUGCCAAGGUUGAGAGGUGUGGUUCUGCAUAGUGGCAUUCUUUCUGGUCUUCGAGUGCUCUGUCAUGUGAACUUCACAUUUUGCUUCGACAUUUAUAAGAACAUCAACAAAAUAAAGAAGGUCAAGUGCCCUGUACUUGUAAUACACGUAAGUAUAUGA